CACGAUCCUGUCCUAGUUACAGGAGCCUUCUCUCACUCAUUUGCUGCUCUCACAUGCCCUCUCACUUGGAUAGCAGACAGUCUCUCAAACACCAAACUCUUACAUCAUAUACUGCUGCUUGUAUAUCGUUUAGUUUCUGAUAGGUUAACGCACAAAUCUGGCACUGACCAUCGCUUGAAGAUAGCUUGUAAAAAGAAAAUCUUCCAGGUGACCUGACCUGUCCAGCUUCAAUCAACUUCAGAAGGAUCCUUGGCGGGUAGGAAUUAAGGCACCACACUGACCCGCCAUGUUUCUGGUUCUGGUGGUUACAGAGGAACUGAGGGAGUUCCUGUCCCGGGCACGAAGUGGAACCGGCCGCCUCAUCCAGGUGUUGAUCAGAGACGAGCAGCUGGUGCUGGGGGCAUAUAGAGAGCCACGCCAGACCUGGGACAAAGACUAUGAUCACUUCCUGCUCCCCCUGCUGGACCCUCUCGAGCCGUGCUACAUUUUAUACCGGUUGGACUCUAAGAACGCUCAAGGCUAUGAGUGGCUCUUCAUCUCCUGGUCACCUGACCAGUCUCCUGUCAGACAAAAGAUGCUGUAUGCUGCCACUCGUGCCACAGUUAAGAAAGAGUUUGGUGGUGGACACGUCAAAGAUGAAAUUUUUGGCACAAUUGAGGAGGACCUUUGUCUUCAGGGCUACCUGCGACAUGUGACUUCAUGUUCUGCACCAGCUCCCCUGACUGCAGCCGAGCAGGAGCUACAGCGAAUCAGAAUCACAGAGGUGAAAACUGAGAUCAGUGUGGACCCCAAACAUCAGACUCUACAGGGUCUUGCCUUCCCGUUACAGGCCGAGGCCAAACGUGCUCUACAGCAGCUCGCAGAGAGACGCAUUAACUACAUUCAACUAAAGUUAGAUACAGAGAAGGAAACAAUUGAACUAGUGCACACCAGCCCGACAGACAUCCGUGAUCUACCCUGCCGGAUCCCCCUGGAUACACCCAGAUACCACUUCUUUCUCUACAAACAUUCACAUGAAGGAGACUACCUCGAGUCUGUGGUGUUCAUAUACUCCAUGCCAGGAUACAGCUGCAGCAUCAAGGAAAGGAUGCUGUAUUCCAGCUGUAAGAGUCGACUUCUGGAAGGAGUAGAGAGGGACUUCCACCUAGAAGUGGCUAAAAAGUUGGAGAUAGAUAGUGGAGAGGAGCUGACAGAUGAAUAUCUGUAUGAUGAGGUCCAUCCUAAGCAGCAAGCCCACAAGCAAGCAUUCGCCAAACCUCGUGGCCCUGCAGGGAAGAGGGGAAACAAACGUCUAAUAAAGGGAGGUGGAGAGAAUGGUGGCAACCGCUAGGAAGGACAGAAAGUGAGAGGGAGAGAUAAAUGAACUUCAGUUGUACCCUACAUUUUUCACAGUUCCCUAUUUCCACCUGUUUUCAGGCUAAUUUGUUCACCCUGCAAGAAUAGUAAUGGAAAAAUUGGGAUUGUGCUCAGUUGUUGUUAAAAAACGUUCUACUUUCUUUGGCUUGUAUUUACUCAGUGUUAUCAGAUGCGUAUUCAAUUGGUGUGUUAAUGUGCUUAUAUUUAAGAGAAAAACUCAGGAAUUAAUUUUAUCUCAGUACAUUUUCUGAGCAUAUUUUUGUUACAUAAUCUCGUACAUGCAUACACACUCAACUCAACAAAAUUUUAAGCAUAUUAAAAGUGUUUAUUGUGAAAGAUGGUAGAUCGCUCUUAUUUUAAAAGUGUUUUUUAAAAGUCUAGAAAAUAAGUUUUGUCCAAGAAGCUUUUU